AUGAUGAUAGGUGGUGUAGAUUUGGUUACAACUGUAAAAAAUAAGAGAAAACUAGAAAGACAAGAAAAAAGUUUAUUGCGUAACAAAGAGAUAUUUGAUCCCAACAAACCGUGUUGUUCUCGUUCGUUGCCUGAUGAUGAUGACUUGACGAUCGAAAGCACCAGUUCAAGCAAUAGCGUAGCUUCUAGUCCUUAUCAAUCGCCAAAACACGUAGCGAGACUACCAAAAACCCCACCACCACCAAAAAAAAAGAAGUUAAAUUUAUCAUCAUUAGCCCUCGCUUGCGAUCGUACUGGAGUCUCCGACAGAGCCGCUGCUAUUAUAGCUUCUUCUGUGUUAAAAGAUGUUGGCAUUAUUUCAACGAAGGAUCCAAGCGGUGUCAUUAUCAACGCGUCUGAAAGAACGAUCUUUACAAGACGCAGAUCGUAA